AGCCGGAGGUGAAGCAGAAUCAGAGCGACAUCAUGAUGUCAGAGAAAGACCUUCUUGUGGCUGCUGCCCUUUUUGUUUUCGCCUUCAUUUCACACAGCGAAGGCAUAAUUGGCGGCAGAGAGGCGGUGGCUCACUCUCGACCCUACAUGGCCUCCAUCCAGGUGCCUGAAGGAGAGAAUAUGAAACAUGAGUGUGGAGGGUUUGUGAUUGCAGAUCAGUGGGUGAUGACUGCAGUGCACUGUCUGCCAACAGGGGCAAAUGGGAGGAAGGUGGUGCUGGGUGUCCAUUCUCUGAGUGAACUCGAGGACACAAAGCAGACGUUUGAUAUCUUGGAGCUUUACAAUCACCCGGACUUCAGCGCGUCAAAUUAUGAUAAUGACAUUGCUUUAAUUAAGUUGGAUCGUCCAUUCAACAUCUCUGCCGCUGUUAAAGCAGUGGAGUUCCUGCGAGCGGGCGGCACAAACCCCGACACAGAUGCAGAGGUCGACACGGCCGGGUGGGGAUCCCUCAAUAACCUGGGGUCCAGACCGGACAAGCUCAGGGAGGUGGUCAUCGAGGUGUUCAGCUCGGCUCGGUGCAGACGCAGCGACUACUAUGGCAGAAAGUUCACCGCUAACAUGAUAUGUGCACAUAAAGUAUGUCCGGACCCCUGUGAUCAUCCGCACAAGAAGGAAGACAGCUGUGAUGGCGACUCUGGAGGUCCGCUGCUCUACAACGGCAUCGCAGUGGGCAUCACUUCCAAUGGAGGAAAGAAGUGUGGCCAACUUAAGAAGCCUGGAAUCUACACUAUCAUCUCCCAAUACACAGAGUGGAUCGACAGCACCAUGGCCGUACAGCCCGCUGCAGCAUUAGAGCAGAGCAGUUAAACAGCGGAGAGCAUCACAGCAGCUUGUGUUGGCAGCCAUGUUUCCAGGUUAUUCUACCUGGAUAUGAAGUGUUCCUUUCUCCUGUGCAACCAAAGCAUGGCUCUACAGAUUGAUCUCCAGUGUGGCUGUACAAACAAAGGAAUCAAUAAAAUACAUUUGAUCACA